AUCACAUACGGUUUUUUUUAACGUAUCUCCAUUUCUUGGUAAAGUUAUCGGUUCAGAAAUUGCGUAAUAGACAGAGGGAGGAUGUGGCUUUUCAAUUCCAGGAUCCGUGUUUUUCGCCUGACCGCAUCCGACUCUUCGUUCGGCAGCGGAAUUUCCCACCAUUACAGGGUCUAACUUCCGACAAGUGGAAGGAGCGACGGGACGGCGUGAGGCCGGACGGGUAUAAAUAUGGGCGUCAAGGUAAGCAGCUCAAUCAGAAGCCAGAAGGCGAGCAGAGAUCACGAGCUCUUUCCUGCGACUAAUUGCCACAGAAGUAAAGACACGAGAUGACGAUGAACGCCAAGCUGCUUUUCGUGCUUCUCGCCCUGGCGCUCUGCGUCGGACACUCGCAGGCGAUGUCCGUAUUCGGGGGAGGACGGUGUCAGUGCGUACACGUGAUAUCCAAGUUCAUCCAUCCCAAGCAUUUCCAGACAAUGGAGGUCAUUCCACAGAGCUCCAACUGCAAGAAUGUGGAAAUCAUCGUGACGAUGAAAUCCACCAAAAACCAGAUCUGCCUGAACCCUGAUGCCCCCUGGGUGAGGAAGGUGAUCAGCCACAUUUUGGACGGGGCUCAGACACCCAAACCCACGCCGUGACCAGCACUGACAACUCCAACGCCAAGAGAAACCGCCAAUGCCAAGCCACCACGCGCCCGAUGCAGAGCUGAAGGCUCCCAUCCUUGUUCUUUGUGAAGAUCCCAGUCACAGUUGGAGCCAGUUUAUACUCCAGAUGUGUAAAGACAAUGUAACAGUGGCGUAAAAAUGAGCAUGUGAACUCUUGUCACUAUUCGUUAAGUUAUUAACAAAGGUUAAAAAUGUGUAUAUGUAAAAAUUAUACAUUUUUCAUAUUUCUAGGUUGCUUGAAACCUGUGUCAGCACUUUACCCAUUUGUAUUUAAUAUUUGUAACAGAGAUCGCAGCCGAAAUAUCUAAACAAAGAUUAAAGUAUUAUGAUUGUUGAAAUUAAUUGACGGGGUGAUCCGAAAUGUUUAUUUAUAUAUUUAUUAUUACAAACACUCAUGUGUUCAGAAAUUCAUUUUUUCAUGCUUUCAACGUUUAAAAAAAAGUAUUGGUACUCUUAUUACAUUUUAUAUAUUUUUAAAAAUUGUUUAUCUGCAGGGACAAACAUGCAUCAAAGUGAAUGUCGCUUCAACUAUGUUAAGUUAUUUUGUAUUUAAUAAAACAUUUUCCAAAACAUC